AUGCUUGAAAACGACAACUACAAGCUACACGGGGAUCUCACUGUGCUCACAGACCAAGCAGUGGCACAAAAUAGACCGGAUCUCAUACCAGUUAAUAAACUUACUAGGCAAAGAACAUUAAUAGAGGUGGCGAUACCUAACAACAAUAAUCUGCAUGUUAGGCAUAACGAGAAGAUCGCCAGAUAUAGAGAUCUUGAAAUACAAAUAAGAAGACAAUGGAGAAUGGAAAGCACCCAGAAAAUAACUAUUAUUCUUCCAACUACUGGAGUCAUUCCGAAGAACCUCAUAGAAAACAUAAAAAAGCAGUGUCUAAAUAAACAUCUUUACAAAAAAAAAAUGAAUAACCAUUUUCAAGCUCGGAGAAGCUUGUAG